AUGGAAUCAGAAAACCAAACAGAUGCAGCAGAAUUCCUCCUCCUGGGACUCUCAGAGGAUCCAGAACUGCAGUCCAUCCUCUUUGAGCUGUUGCUGGCCAUGUAUUUGGUCACUGUACUUGGAAACCUGGUUAUCAUCCUGGCAGUCAGCUCUGACACUAAACUCCACACUCCCAUGUACUUCUUCCUCUCCAAUUUGUCCUUUGUUGACAUCUGUUGCACCUCCACUAUAGUCCCUAAGUUGCUGAUGAACAUCCAGACAGGAAACAAAACCACUACUUCUGCAGGCUGCCUUACUCAGGUCUAUUUUUUCUUGCUUUUUGUGUGUAUGGACAAUUUACUCUUGACCAUAAUGGCCUAUGAUUGCUAUGUAGCUAUUUGUCAUCCUUUGUAUUAUACAGCCAUCACGAACCCUGACCUCUGUGUCUUGCUGGUUCUGGUCUCCCUGUUCAUCAGCAGUGCAGGUGCCCUGCUGCACACUCUGAUGAUGUUGCAUCUAUCUUUCUGUACACACCUAAAAAUCCCCCAUUUCUUCUGUGAACUUACUCAGAUCCUCAAGCUUGCUUGUUCUGAUACUCAUAUCAAUAACAUCCUGGUAUAUUUAGUAACCAUUCUGUUAGGUAUUGGUCGUCUCUCUGGAAUAAGCUUCUCUUACACUCAAAUUAUCUCCUCCAUCCUGAGAAUCCCAUCAGCUGGUGGAAAGUAUAAAGCUUUUUCUACCUGUGGGUCUCAUCUAAUUGUGGUUUCCUUGUUCUAUGGGACUUCUAUUUGGGUUUACCUUAGCUCUGCAGUUACUGAUUCUCCCAGGAAGACUGCUGUGGCCUCGAUGAUAUAUGCUGUUCUCACUCCCAUGAUGAACCCCUUCAUCUACACCCUUAGGAACAAGGACAUGAAAGGGGCCUUAAGAAAAUUCGCUUUAGGAUCAUUUUCCUUUUCACGCUUAUAUUAA